AUGGCAACCUCCUACAAUCCUAACAUCUCCAAUGGCACUUGCUACUACACCAAUGGUCAAGAGGCACCCUCCGAAUUCAUUCCAUGCGGAAACGCAGCGCUUGGUCACAUACCAUGUUGCGAGUAUAACGACAUAUGUUUGUCCUCCAAUGCUUGCUACAACGCACCGUAUGGAGUGACUUACCUCGCUGGCUGUACGGAUGCCGACUACGAAGAUUCGGCUUGUCCUGAUAAAGGCGAUUUUGGAGGCAAGUGGUCGCUCUAUCAGACUUGGGCCGGUCUAGUCUACUGCAAUGGGACCUCGAAUGAAUGGGUGGCUUGCGAGGACAGCGGAAGCACAGUCUCAGAUCCAUCUUACUGCUACUGCCCAUCCACUUCAAGAACAGUUGCCUUCACCGAUUCUUCGAGUCUCACGGACAUCAUGUCCUUACCCAUCACUCUCGGUUCGAGCGUCUCUUGGAAAGACUUCUCAGCCUAUGCUUCAGCCUAUGCUUCAGCGCAGUCGCUAUCGUCAGCGGCUUCCUCCAGCCCUAGCCUGACACAGCUGCUCCCCUCCGCGUCAUCUACUACGGCUGGGUCUCCUAGUGUAUCACCCUCUAAUCAAGCCUCUCUGGUUACGUCGACGGUAUCUGUACCAUCUCCUUCGACGUCCGCUGCUGCGGUCUCGACACCGGGACUGAGUACUGGGAAAAAAGUGGGAAUUGCUAUGGGAGCAGCGGCUGCCGCAGUGAUACUGUUGCUAUCAGGAUUUCUGGUGUUCCGGCACAUGAGACGCAGACAAAAACAUGAGGAGCCACGGAAGCCGCCUAUGAUGGAUUUGACUCGACCACAUUCGGGUGAUGACCAACCAGAUCCAGAUAUGAGGAGUCCUGCCUGGUCCGGUCACAAAUCGGAAUUGGCAGCUGAUGAGACUACACGUGCCUCGCCUGCACCUCUUUAUCAAGCGUUCACGGAGCGGCCACAGAGCGUCGAAGUUGAGGGCAAACCAGCUCGAUUGUCCCCAGCUCGACUUACUCAGGAUGGCGGAUAUUCUUUGCCCGGGCAAAAAGGUACAUACUACGAGAUGGCCGGUUGA